AUGGACUUGUCGCCAGAUAAAAAAGCUUCUUAUACCACCAUAAUUGAUUCUAUCCUGGCCAGUAGUGACCUCACAACCAUCUCAGAAAAGCGCAUUCGUAGAGGUCUACAGGAAACUAUCGGCCAUGACCUAACUCCCUAUAAGGCUGCCCUCAAGGAACUGAUCAUGGAGCGCUUCGAUAUGUUUGCCGAGCAGUCCAACGUCGUCAAAGCUGAGCCGGAGCCAGUCGUCUCGUCCCGGCCCGUCGCCAAUGGCCAUACUUCGCCCUCUCCACCACAAAAACGCAGCGUGGACCCGGAAGCUAUACCGGAUAUAACAGACUCCUCUCCGCCUCCCGUGAAGAAGCAGAAAAAUGACGUCGUGGACUCCGACGCUGCUUUUGCGGCGAAACUGCAAGCAGAGGAGAACCUACGAGCCCGGACGACACGUGGUGCUAAUUCAAGAAAGACCGGACUGGUCAAGAAGAAACGGAAGAGCACCUCCAAAACUGCGAAGAGAGUGAAAGCAUCCGAUGAUUCGGACGUGGAUGGAUCGGGUGCGGAUAAUAAGAAAGAAGUGAACCGCACGGGUGGCUUCCACAAACCGAUGGCACUUUCACCUGCAUUAUCUGCCCUACUUGGCGGCGAAGUGACUCUUUCGCGACCACAGACGGUAAAGAAAGUCUGGGAAUACAUCCGUGAGAACGAGCUUCAGGACCCGGCCGAUCGUCGCCAGAUCCGGUGCGACGGCCUCAUGCGCCCUGUUUUUAAACAAGACCGUAUACACAUGUUCACAAUGACCAAGAUCCUUAACCAGAAUCUCUACGACCCAGAGGAGUGA